CCCUAAGCAGUUCCACCCUGGAGUUUGACCUUAGACGCGGUGCGGGGCGGUCGCGGCUGUGUACCUGAGCCGUGCACGUGGCCCUACACGGGGAAGAUUUCUGAACUCCCCGCUCAAAAAUUUAGUAUACAGUGUGGUGAGAGGCCGUGCGCGCCCCUGCACGGAGAGAGGCGACUCGUGCACCCCGUGUGUCCCCAAGCAGGCAGAAUUACCGACCAAAAGGUGUGUGAGACAGGGAGAAAGAGAGGCGAGGUGGUGCUGCUCACUCACUACCACCGCCCGUCACCACCACUGCCGUCCUCGUCACCACCACCACCACCACCACACCACCACCACUUCCAUCUAAAACUCUCUGUUACCAAGGAUACUCGACAGGCCCUUAGCGCUUGCUUGUUCCCGACCCCGUUCCUGCUCCUGAGUGUGUGUGCGUGUGCGUGUGUGUGUGUGUGUGUGUGUGUGUGCGUGUGCGUGCGUGUGUGUGUGUGUGCGUGUGUGGCAAGAGGUGUGACGCCGGGCACUUGCCGUGGAGGGACAUGGGCGCCGCUGUUGCACUCUGCCGCCCGUCACGCCUUGGAAUGUGAGGGAGUGACACUUUGUCCUCACCCCUCACCACCACAGCCACCACCGUCACCACCACCACCACCACCGCCUCACUAUGCUGGGCGUGGAGUCCAAACCUAAUGACACAGACAGAUUCAAGCCGGAUAGCCAUGAAAUAGUCACCAAGCACUGGGAUGACGAUGCAGUGUUGUCACCAUACUCAGCUCUGGAGAACUUGGGCAUCCGCGGGGUGUUCAGCAGUGGCCUGGGCGGCUCCUUCGGGGGCCUGAGUGCCAGCCUAGGCGCCGCGCUGUCCAUGAGCGGCGAGCGGGGCGGCGUUGGCGUGGGCGUGGGCGUGGGUCCCAGAGAGUCCACUGUGACCUCGGGCAUCGGUGUGGGUCUGGGCGUGGUGCCUGAAGUGAGGGCGGCCGGGGUCAGGGAGAAGGAGGGAGGGCUGGAGCUGGUGAAGCCCUCCCUCGUGCUUGACAUUGCUUCCCUUAUCCUGUACGGCUGCCAGGCGCUCCCCAUCCGCCUCAAGAUCCUGCUGGACCGACUCUUCUCCGUGCUCACCCACGAGGACGUCCUGCAAGUACUCCACGGCUUCGGCUGGACCUACGAGGACUACGCCCGCGGGUACAAGCUGCAGGACCGGCAAGGCAACGUCCUCCACAGCUGGCACAUGAUGAGCCCCGAGGAGGAGACGCUGGUGCUGCGCCAGUUCCUGAGGUUCGGGGAGACGCGCGCCAUCGCCCAGCAGCUGCUGCAGCACGAUGGCUCCUCGCCGCGCCCCGACCACCUGCCCCCUCUCAGGGACCACCGUGACCCGCUGAGGGACAGGGAGUCCCACAGGGAGUCUCUGCGGGAACUUCACCGCGACACGCAUCGAGAUCCUCUCCGUGACCUGCAUCGAGAUGCGCACAGGGACCUAAGGGACCUGAGAGAGAGGGACCCCGUCAGAGACUUUAGGGACGAAUUGCGGCGAGAUGAGGGACAGCGGGAGGAGCCCCCUCGCUCACAGCCGUCCCACCACCACCCGCCGCCCCACCACCCUCACCAGCCCGAUCUGGCCAAGAUGGAUCCUGAAAUUAAGAAGUUUUUGGAGAGAACUAACAUGUUAUUUAGCCCGUUCAUGCGAGGGGACCAUAGCUCCCUCCUGCGGCCGCCGCCGCCCACCGGCCCUCCAGGACUGCCUCCCGCGCCGCCGCCUCUGUCCGCGGCAUCCCUCGCUUCCAACUUGCUGGCUGUGGCCAAUCCUUCACUGGCCACGUCCCUGCUGGCGAACCCGCAGCUGGCCUCCUCAGCGCUGUCUAUGCUGCGUCUGCCAGUACCGCCCGUCUCGCUUCCCAACAUCUCCCCAAAUGGCUCCCUUCCAAACAGCUUCGGUUCCCCCACCAGUCCUAUCGGCGGCUCCCCGCUCAACAGGCUACAGAGCAUGCAGCCCUACGACAUAAGAAAGGAGCGGCAGAGUCCCAGCCCUGCAGGAAGGGGUGAGCCUUCCCUGUCACACUGCGGGAGAGGGGGCGGUGUGACGAGCCCAGCCAGCAGUGGUGGAGGUGUGCAGGUGAACAGCAGCAGCGGCACAGUCACGCCCCUCGCUGCCUCUGCUGCACAGCCUCCCCCACCGACGCCUGUUUCUAUCAAUAGCGACCCGCCCACCGACUACACCAGCGACGAUGAAGAUAUCUCCUUUUCUUCAACCACUGCCCUUAAUUUAUCAACAACAUCCACCACUGUGGCCACCAGCUCCACACCAACCACCCUCCCCAUGCCUCCUCGGCCACAGUCCCCUGUGUGUGGAAACAAUCCGGGGAAGCGGUCCUGGAAUCCUAUCAACCUGGGCACAUCGCUCAUCAACCCCGUGACGGGAAAGAAGCGGGUACAGUGCAACGUUUGCCUGAAGACUUUCUGCGACAAAGGAGCCCUAAAGAUUCACUUCUCGGCGGUCCACCUCCGCGAGAUGCACAAGUGUACUGUGGAAGGCUGCAACAUGAUGUUCAGUUCACGUCGAUCCCGUAACCGCCACUCUGCCAACCCCAAUCCAAAGCUGCACACGCCACAUGUGCGCCGCAAGAUAUCUCCGCACGACGGCCGCACCAGCGCGGCGCACCCAGUGAUGCCUCCACAUCUGACAGCCCCGGGCUUCCAGCCGCCCGCUGGUUUCCCUCCACUUGGCUCCUUCCCCGGGCAGUUCGGAGGCAUCAAUCCUCUGACAGGACUGCCCUUCAUUCCACCCUCUGCCUCUGCCACAGAGGAUCUGCACAAGCAUACGUUGGAAUUACAGCGACGCACACUGGAGAUGCAGCAGGCAAUGGGGAAGAGCUCGCUGGACCUGACCAUGAGGAGCCGCGACGAGGGCCUCUGGCGCGGCGACUACGGCCUCCAUCACGGUGGUCUGAUGGGAGAUGACAUUAUCGGAGACAGAAUGAACUUAGAAAAUAGUGACCAGAAGCGCGGGCGAAGCGAUGACGAUUACCACUCCAACAACAACCUGGACGCUGAUGUGGACGACGACAGCAUGAGCGUAGACGCCCAGAGUAUGAAGGGCGAAGGCACGGCCGCCUCGCCUUCUGCUAACAAAAGAAAACGGAAGAGUCAAAACCCUACCAAGUUUGCCUUCAGACUGGAGGACGAUGAUUUGAUCUCAACUGAUGACGACGACGACGACGAUAACGACGAUGAUCUAGACGACAUAGAUGCAAAAGAUUCUGAGGAUGACAAGAACGAAGACAAGGAGUUGGACGCUAUGAGCGAUGAUGACGACGAUACUGAUGACACGGUGAAGGAGGGCUCGUCCCUCCACUCAGGCGGCGACAAAUCAAAAAACGACAAAGACUCGGACGGAAGUACCCGCAAAGUAUCGUCAAGUAGCUUUGACGAGACAGUGGACACGUCCAACGCUCUGCGCCACCUGGAGGAUCUCUCCAGGGGCCACUUCGCUCACCUUGCCGGCGCGUUGCCCCCAAACGCGUCGGCGUCACUCGGCCUCCAGAUGGCGCCCUCGGGCAACGGCGUCAGCUCUUCGAGUCCCAGGCCGAGUGACCGAGACAGCGAGAGGGACUCGAACCCAGGCUCGCCCUCCGAGGACUCCGACGGGGCGUUUCAGUUUGGCGAGGGUGGGUUUCUGAGCAGCCUCAACAUCCCCAUCGACAAGGAGAAUCCUCGUCGAUGCAUCGCGUGCGGGAAAAUAUUCCAGAAUCACUUCGGAGUGAAAACGCACUACCAGAACGUGCACCUCAAGCUGAUGCACAAAUGCACGGUAGAGGGAUGCAAUGCCGCCUUCCCCUCCAAGAGGAGUCGGGACAGGCACUCAUCCAACCUCAACCUCCACCGGAAGCUGCUCUCCACCUCGGCGGACGGCCCAGGCUUCCCGUCGCUCACUUUCCCCGGCCUGCCUUUCAACCCCGCACUCAACCCAGAGCUGCUGGCACGCCUCUAUUCCGACCCAAGUGGCCUCCCGCUGGGCCUGGAGGCUCUUAAGGCCCACAUCCCCACUUCGUUAGCAGAGUCACUGUUUAAUGGCGAUCGUGGACCCGGUGGUGCUGGUGGUGGAGACGGCAACGGGAGUAAUGGCAGUGGAGGAGGAGGCCUUCCGCCCACCCACCCGCCGCCUCACUUUUUCCUUCCUAAUCUCCUUCCUCACUUCGCGGCGAAUAACAACCUGCCCGGCACAGAGAGGAAAGACCGUUCCGGCACCCCCUCGCCCCAGUCCACCACUCCCACCACCACCACCACCACUUCCACCACAGGCCCUUCCAUCUGCGAGACCUCCUCACCUCCUCCCGAGCCCGAGGAGCCCUCCGCCCCCACCACAAUCAUCGCAACCACCUCCACCACCACCACCACCUCCUCCUCUUCCUCCACCGGCAGCUUUGCAGAUGAAGCAGUCGAGCAUGAGUGGGUGUACAACCUGGAGGACGACCUGCCCACGCCAGACCGCGAGGGCAACAUGCCCUGUAAGUUUUGUCACAAGACCUUCGAGGACGGUAUAGGCCUCAAGAGUCACUAUGACGAGGCGCACGCCGCCGAAAUGUUCCGAUGCACCGUGAGCGGCUGCAACAAAGUGUUCAGCUCACGCCGCAAGCGUAACACCCACUCCCUUAACGAGGCCCUUCACCAGCACACGCCAGAUGGCGCGGCGACAGGGACGACGUGAUGACUUCGUCUCUCGUGCACCCUGCGGCGGUGUCCCCACGGACUACCCCCCAGACCUCUCCCCCGCUGUAUAAAUGUAUAAAUGUGCCAAUGUUUCACGUCUUAUUUAUACGUAGUGGUGUUAGAGCGGCCACUGUGGCCCGCGUGUACAUGGCCCGGCUCCGGCGGCCUUGAGGUCACUCGCUGCUUGCUGUGUCGUGCGCCCCGCUCCCCCCCCCCCUCCCGGACGCUGCCCACCCACGUUCCGCUAGGCCUGUGGGAUUCCCGGCCUGGGGAGGCAGGUCUCAGAAACCUCUCCGUGUGCUGCCCCAGGCCGCUGCAGCGCGCGCCCUAGUGACUGGCCGAGGCGCCGGACAGACUCGUGCCCGUGGUCGAGGUGCUGUGAGCCGUCUUAACGCUGAACAACUUAGAGCUGCAUUAAUGUUCUCAGGAUUCUUUGUGAAUCGUUUUUGCAUACCAACGAAUUGGUAUCCAAGAGUCAGUGUUCAUUUAUUUUGUGUAUUUGUAAAACUGAUUACUUUUUUUUGGUUCAUCCAUUGCUAUAAAUGUGGGUUUUAUACUGUGACUUCCUCUGUCAUCUCUGUAAUGGUGCUAUAUUUUAGUUGGCACAUCCAUGUCUCGAGUUACGUACAAUUUGGUUGAUAAGUUCACUCUUCCUCCCGUGUGGUCGCCCAGACGGCGCCCCCCACCACCCGCUGCCGGCGCCCCCGAGGGAAUGUACGCCCCUCGCCGAGUCCCGGUGCGUUGCGCGGCCGCGGGGUGGUGGGUGGCGCCGCAGGGGGCGGGGGGGUCUGGGGCACCCUGGAAGGCGGCCUCCAUUUAGGCCCUUCUGUCCCUCACUCUAGUCCACCUGCUCUCUCUUUUGAAUUUCCAUCAUAUUUCUUCCCACUUCUGUGUCCACACCUAUCACGUCUGUCUGUCCGCCUGUCCUAUCUCUGUCCACCUGUCUAUCCAGCUUUCUUCCCUCUCCAGAGACAGAUGACAAGACAAUCAUCAGUGUGAAAUUAGCCAAAGAAUGUCUGAUCUUUAUGUUCCCUUUGCGUUGCGUUGCCUGUUUCUCCUCCGACUGGCAGCGGCGAGUGGUGGUGAUGGCGGCGACGACCACGAUGACCUCUCGUUACGACUACUCCUGCUGAUUAAAGCCAAGUCGUUAUCACUUUGCUAAAACGAGACGGUGGAUCAUUUGAUAUAGUUAGUCUCUCUCUCUCUCUCUCUCUCUCUCUCUCUCUCUCUCUCUCUCUCUCUCUCUCUCUCUCUCUCUCUCUCUCUCUCUCUCUCCUGUCUUAACCCAGUAACCAGUCAAACCUGGACCGGUACAGAAUCUUUUUUACUUAUAUAUUUGUAAUUUAGUCACAUAAUAUAAGGUUUGCGGAGGGUUAAGAUUUUUAUAGUUUAUAGAGCGAUCUCUCUCUCCAUCAGCCAGCGCGGGAGGAGGAGGAGGAGGAGGAGGAAGAGGAGGUGGAGGAGGAGGAGGUAUAUUGUAUAAAACUAAAAAAAAAAUAAAUUAAUGAGAGAAAAUGAGAGCUUAGCCUUCCAUAAAGCUAGCGGUCCAGUCGGGUCAGCUGACGUGCUUGCUUUCUCUCUCUCUCUCUCUCUCUCUCUCUCUCUCUCUCUCUGAAUUUUUCCCUUCUGUUUUUGAAUUUCAUGUUUUCUACUUUUUUGUAUUAUUUUGCCUCGUACGGUUCAUACAAGUCCUCCUCCUCCUCCUCCUCCUCCUCCUCCUCCUCCUCCUCCUCCCGCACCCGUAAAUUUGACCUGGUGACCUCCCAAAAUGAUCAGUCAGAGGUCGAGAAGAUGUCUGUCUGUCUGUCCGUAUGUCUCUCUCUCUCUCUCUCUCUCUCUCUCUCUCUCUCUCUCUCUCUCUCUCUCUCUCUCUGAUAUUGUAAAUUAUCAUGGUGGCGAUUUCAAGAACAAAGCUCGUUGUUAGAAUAUUGUGGAGAAAACUGUAGCAGUCCUUGUUAAUAAAUCUGGUUAUAUGUG